AUGUCGGAUAGAUACACCAAGGAUCGCAAAGUUGGUGAAGGUACAUAUGCUGUUGUCUAUCUGGGCAAACAAUUGUCAAGUGGCAAAGAUGUGGCUAUUAAGGAAAUAAAGACUGGAGGAUUUAAAGAUGGAUUAGAUAUGUCUGCAAUUAGAGAAGUCAAAUACUUACAGGAGCUGAGUCACGAAAACGUUAUAGAACUUAUAGACGUGUUCUCAGAUGUUGGUAAGAAUUUAAACUUAGUUCUAGAGUUUCUUCCGUCAGAUAUGGAAGUUAUUAUCAAUGAUAAGUCGUUAGUUAUUCUUUCAGCAGACAUUAAGAGUUGGAUCUUAAUGACCUUGAGAGGUGUCAAUCACUGCCACAGAAACGGAAUUCUGCACAGAGAUUUGAAACCUAGUAAUUUAUUGAUUUCCCCUACAGGACAGUUAAAGUUGGCCGAUUUUGGUUUGGCUAGAGCUUUGGGAUCUCCCAACGAAAGGUUCACCUCUAAUGUGGUUACUCGUUGGUACAGAGCUCCAGAGCUUCUGUUCGGAUCUCAUCAUUACUCUACUGCAAUAGAUGUGUGGGCUGUUGGUGUAAUCUUUGCUGAACUUAUGCUUAGAACCCCCUAUCUUCCUGGCAAAGACGAUAAUGACCAAGUCGUGGUGACGUUCCAAGCACUAGGUACCCCUACAGAGAAACUUUGGCCUGGUGUAUCUCAUCUUCCAAAUUAUAACAAUUUGGUUAUGUAUCCACCUCCUUCAAGGCAAGAGCUUAGAAAUAGAUUUCCAGCCGCUACUGAAGGUGCUUUGGACUUAUUGUGUGGAAUGCUUAUUUUGGAUCCUAACAAUCGAUGGGAUACUGCUAAAUGUUUGACAUACAAGUACUUUGUGGAGUCUCCAAGGCCCACAGAGCCUGAGAGCUUGCCAAAAAAGGUUCCAUAG